AUGACGCCGUCGAAGAAGAAGGCCGAUCUCUUUCGCCCGGACGAUGACGAGGGGAGCUUCUACACCUACACCGCGCUCACCGGCGCCGCGCUCGACAUCGCGUUCCACACGAGCCUGAACGCGUUCGGCAGCCUCGAUCAGACGGACUACGCGUCGUUCCAGCCGUGCUUUGAGAAGAGUCAGGACCGGGUGGUUGUAGAGGACAUCGAGAUCGGCGGACAGGUGUGGCGGUUGCGGUGUAUCUUCGACGGCCACGCCGGCCACGCCGCCGUCGACUACAUCCAGCAAGCCAUCGUGCCCACCCUCCACACCCGCCUAGCCGCCCUCGACGCGUCCUCCCCUCCCACCGACGCCACCAUCGACACCGCCCUCUCCUCUGCCCUCCUCGCGAUCGACGACGCGAUCGGCAAUGAGGCGCGCGCGCUGUUCCCGCCCGACCUCGACGCCCUGUCCGACGCGCAGAUCCGCGCGAUCGCGGACGAUCACAAGGACGGCGGCAGCGGGGCGAACCACGAGAAGCUACUGCGCGCGAAGAGCGGGUCGACGGCGUUGGUCGCGCUGGUGGAUCCGCCAGGGGAGCGGUUGUGGGUGGCGAGUUUGGGGGAUUGCACGGCGGCGUUGUGUACGAGGCAGGAGAGGGGAGGGCCGUGGACGGUGGAGAGGUUGAGCGCGAACCAUAAUGGCAUAGAACCGGAUGAAGCGGCGCGCGUCAGAGCAGAGCACCCUGGAGAAGAGGGCGCGAUGCUGAACGACCGGAGGUACAUUGUCUACUCUCUUCUUAACUCCCUCGGCGACUUCUUCUGCAAGUUCCCGCCCGAUUUCGUCCGCCGCGUCCUCGUCGCCUCGGACCCCAACCUCAAGUUCUCCGCUACGAAGGUGGACGACUUCCUCGCCCGCCUCCUCACCCCGCCCUACGUGAGCGCUCAGCCGGAGGUCAGAUGCGUGCGGAUAGGCAGCGCAGGGGAUGCCACUUCAUCACCGCCCGCCGAGCAGCUCCUCGUCAUGUUCUCCGACGGCCUCCCCGAGUGCGUUCUCGAUGACUUCUCGACCGCGGAGCCUUAUUUCCAGGUCCUGCCGCGCAUCCUCGACCGCGCCCUGCGUUCGACGGCGGAGGCGGGCUUCAACGCGGAGGCGUGCCUAAACGCGGAGGGUCCCAGGUCCAACAAUGAAGGCGCGAACGGCCAACCCACCAUCCCUCGACCGGACGCCAAACGGAACCUCGCCGCCGCCAUCAUCCGGGAGACGCUCGCUGGCGGCGAGGACUGGCUGCCCGUGAUGCAGGCGAUGAAGUAUGGGGAGGUGGUUCCGAAGUUGGGGAAGGAGAGGAAGCUGGACCAUGUAGAGCGGGAUGAUAGGCUAUCGCAGUUGUUGACGGUGGAGAUGAGGGGGAAGUGGAUGGACGAUGUGACGGCGGUGGUGCAUAGGAUAGUGUAG